AUGUUCAUCGGUGCACAUGCUGAUCUAGCAUAUGAUGUUGCUUAUCCUGAACGUUUCCUUUUGAAUGAAGAUCAUAAUGCUGUUGAUAGUAUUCAUUAUAUGGCCAAACGUCGAUUUUUACCUACACGACGAGAAUUACAUCGAUAUAUUAACAAUGAAGACAGUAAUGAAAGCGAUGAUGAAGAAUCACAUUUAAAUAGCAAACGAUAUUUUCUUAAAUCUAAACGUUAUUUUCUCAAUAGCAAAUGA